AUGAGUCAAUCCUACGCAGCGGCCGGCAGUUUGACUGAUGCUGAGUCUCUUAACUUGCGCAGAAAGGUUGCACUGGCCUUAGCAAUCAUUCGGAAUAAAUCAGACUCGAGAACCGGACGUCAGCAUGCGCAGUAUUUGGCACGAUUCUACCAAGCACGGAACGAUCAAAAGCGUAUGAGGGUAGCAUCCAUACAACAGCUGCUGCACCUGGAGAAGCAAAACAACACCAUGCUCAAACUGGCCCUACGCUCUCAGAUGCAACUCCAAUGUCAUGCAGAGUCAUCUCCUGACGAUAAUAUCGAUAAUGGCUCAGUCCAUAGUGAGAACACGCUUCUCUUCCCGCUCAACUUCGUGGAGGAUAUAGAUUCGGGUGCAGACAAUCUCACACAGGCACAGUCGUACAAACAGGACGCUGUGUUUAUAUCCAAAGGUAUACGAAAUGUAUCUCCGGCGAAGUUUCUAAUCGUCGCGGUUACCAGAUUUCCUUCAAAUGGGUGCUGUGCGUAUGUAAACUUGGACAAAAUAUAGACGAAAGAGCUUUUCUUAAGGUACAAGCAGAAAGCCUUCCUUAUGGAACCGCAACUAUGGAUAUUCAUAUUUAUAUAAAAUAGAACC